UUCCGCUAACCGGAAUUUUUCGAACGAGACUCGUCCGUCAGAUUGGAUCCUUCUCGGCGAGCCAGUCAGCUGAUUGCCGACGUGAGAGGGUUUCGUGAAAACAAUGCGGCCGAAUAGUGCGCGAUCGGUGCGCGCACACGUAAUAUUCAAGACUGACGGUCGCCGAAGAGGACACGCGUUUUACGAAUGAAAUAACGUUCGAGGAGAAGGUGAGAGAAAGGCCUAAGGAAAGAAAUCGAGUUGAUCAUGGCACGCGAGGAAGAAACGACGAUUUUCAGACGUUUCCAGGUCUUCAUGGAGGACGAAAUGGGAGCGGGCAAGCUCAUCACUUACGGAAUCGCCAGUGCUGGUUUACUCGUUGCAAUGUACAGAAUUCGGCCGUUCACGAGAUUCAAGAAGCCGUCCGACGUCCCGUCUCAUUUCCUACAGUCGCGUGUCCCGCUGCAGGGCACCGUGAUGCGCGUGGAACCGAGCGGUGGUGUUCUACUAAUGGUCGAUCACCAGCCUCUGCUGCCUCUCCCCUGGUUUAACCAAACGAGUCAGUUACCUGUCAAGAUCGGUGGCGUCGACGUCACGGGCAACGGUGUCAGUUGGCUGCAAACUGUAGUCAACAGGAAACUUGUAACGUUCGUGCCUAUAGUCAAGAAAAGAGAUUACUUGGAGUGCACGGUUGUAAUGCCACAGAAAGAUCAAGAUCCGUUAAAAAUUGGCGAGGAAUUAGUAAAGUUGGGUUUAGCCACAGUACAUGAAUCCGGCACAAGGCUGAAGGACAAGCAUGUCUCGGCGUACAGAAGAUCUCUAGCGAAUGCACAGAAAUGGGCUGCACGCCGGAGAAACGGACACUGGCAUUUUAGCAGACAACCAACAGUUGUCUGGAAAAUGCAAAUGUUCGUAAUAGAUAAGUUGAAGUCAUCGUUACCUGCUUACAUAGUGAGACAGCUUGAUCUUUAAUAGUAUCUGCCUUUCAUUUUGAUAUUUACAGAGUAUAUAUUUUCUCUUAAUUAUAUAUAAUUAAUUAUAUAUAGAAGAUAUUUUUCGAUAGAUCGCAUUCUACAGGAAUAUAGUAUUUAAAGCUUUCCUUUUUUUAAUAAAAAUCGUUUCAGUAUACUUUCCUACGUGUUAUUGACUUGUAGUAUCUCUUAGCGCGAAUAUAAAGAGAGUGUUAAUACUUA